AUGAUGUGCGAAACUAACAAUCGGCUUGUGAUGACGGUUCAAAUCGUAUGUAUUGUUCGGUACUUAAGCAUAUGCAUCUACUAUCUUCAUUGCAUUCUUCUUCCACUCGCUCGAUGCGAGGUGGUCUUUGCCUGGUGGAAGCACUAUUUCUACGCGCAAGGUCGUUUCGGACACUGCAGACCUACCGUCGAUACUAAGAAAGACAUUUUCACUUCCACAGCCCCAUUUUCCGCCGCAAAAAUAUACGUAAAACAAACCUCGAGAGUCCACGACCUUCAAAAAACUUGGAACAACAUCCACAAAACUAUCAUAUCCAGUCAGAGCCAUCGGGCCAGCCCCUCAAACGGCUUCCAUCAAAAAGGUCCCCUGCUAGAUUUACCUACCAACGAACUCCAAACCACAAUGUCUACCCUUCUCACCGCCAUCUUUCUCCUUUUUUGUCCGCUCCUCGUCUUCCCAACCCCACUCACCCCAAAACCUCCUCUAAAACAUUUAUACGCCUCCCUCCGCGACCCUCCAUCCCUCGUCCCCUCGUCAUCGUAUAUAGUCCAUCUUCGAUACAAAUUCCACAGAGCAUACUACUGCUACCUAAUCACGUUUUCUGGUUACAUGCUCAGCGAUGAAGAGCGCCUGGUUCUGGAUUUUUCUAUCCUCUUAUUGGCCGUGGUGACGGUGUGGGUUUGGUGGGUUUUGGGUGGGAUAUUGGCGAGAAGUUUGUUCGGUACGAGACUAGGGACUGAAGAUGAAAGAACAACGAUUGGUUUGGGCGAGAUUGGAAACUGGAGUUUUGGGGGGCAGGUGGGGAGCUUGGGUAGUGAUGGGGUUGUUGUGUUUGGAAAUUAGGGUGGAAGGGGGGACGUCAAUUAGAUAGACUGAUCAAGGUCAACUUCCAUGUAUUGUUUCUGGUGAUGAUGGGAGAGGAAGGAGCUAAGAGAUGGAUAGUGGUUUGUGAUGGUAUGAAAAGAAGGGGUCUGAGAAAUGAGAUUGUUAACUCGUGUUACGAACCUACACAUCUCGACCAAAAAAAUGUGUCCAGGGCGAAUGCAUAGAUCACCAAAGUUCGUUGGACUUCAGGUUAUGGGAUCUAUCACAGGAAUCAUAUCUAACUAACAACUUCGAAGCGAUGAUCAAUUCUACAUCUCGAUUCAGUGCAACUUUCUUCGACAAUUCACGCUUUGGUGCUAACAUUGGAGUAUUACCAAUGAUGAAUAGGACUGAAGCAAAGAGGCGCAUCUUCGAUUGGCGUGAUGCGCCUUCGGUGAAUGUGUUGGAGAAGAAUCUAAGAGCCGUAAGCAUUAGGUCUUGAUUCGGGCUAGGAUAGAUGUUAGUUGGAAGUGUUCGUGAAAUCAUCCAAUAAUACCACGUGACUAUCAACCGACCUGUACACCAGUCGCACGCGGUUCCAGAUUUUCUUGGUCGCAAGCGAGCUAGAACAUCGAUAAUCUAAUCUAGGAUGCUUUUGCUAUCAUUUCGCUUCCCCAAUGUAAUUCAGUCAAUAUAGGCUGCAACACCAGAAAUUUUUGAACGGCAUUGAUCUUAUGGAAAUGGCCAUAUGUAAUCACAACUUCAAUUCAUGAUGUGGCUAGACUGCGCUAAUCAGGCUCCAUGUUUGGACAACAUCUUCAGCGUGAAUCGGUUGACAGUUUCAUUCAUUUUGAAAUGCUUCAGAUCUUGACCGCUGUUCGUCCUAUUAUGGCUGAUUAGACAUAAAACAAACGUGUCAUGAAAUACCCAAACACAAUAUGCGUGAUUAUUGUGCUUCUCAUUUUUUUCAACGCCAAACACUUACAGCCAGUGUAACUGAACAUACGCCAAUUGAUUUGAGGCUCAUGCUUCUUUGGAUGUGGAUCGUGGGUCGCCAUCUUGAAUUGUAUCUGAGGUUUGCAUAAGAACCGCCCUAAAGUCAAGUUGAAUGAAUGUAAAUU